CCCAUUGAUACAAUUGUCCUAAUAUCUCGCAAUGAUGAUAGGUAUUACAUGAGUUCUUUGUAGGGAUUCGUGAGAGGGUUGACAAUAGAACAGCUGCAAAGAACGUUGACCAGUUUCUUGCGUCAUGGUAGAGGAUCGUUUGAUCUUGCCAGAAUGUAUUCUGAUAUUGAGGACCAAGGCACUGUGGGAGAUCACCCGUUUGCUGCACCCCCCAACCCAAAUCCUCCUAGGUGGUGCAAAUGCGGAAGGUGUGGGGACAUGGGUACAGGAAGAGCAAGAGAGAACGUCUGCUGCCAACAAGAUCAGUGUGUCACAACGGAAGAAUAUUUGAGAGCCACAUGUCUAGAUCAUAGUGUGCUGACACUGACCAUCCGACUACAUGCAGAUUACAUGAGUGAAAGACCCAACUACAGAGCAAAUGGAUUUCGAAAGGCAGCUUAUCGGCAAUACAUUAUUGGUCGCUAUGGAUAUCUGGGUAAAGGAACAAGACGAAUAGCUCCUUCUUGUGUUGUUCGUUGUGUCAGACAUUGGUUUCCAGCACCAGAUGGGAGGUACAUGGGCUACAAGAGUGAGUAA